GACAUGUCUGAUCCCUUGUGCCCGUCCCUGCAGCAUGAACAAGGUGGACACUCACUGAUCUAUCACAAGAUUGCCUCACCAAGUUUGGGGGUCUAUGUCUGAAUGGAUUGCUGUAGCCUUCUCAUCUCUUCCUCUGCCCAGUUCCCGGCAUCCUAAGACUCGAAGCCAGGACAGGACCUGGGGAAAUUAUAUGGUUUGAACGGCAUGUCUGUGGAUGAGAAGCCUGACUCCCCCAUGUAUGUGUAUGAGUCCACAGUCCACUGUGCCAACAUCCUCCUGGGCCUCAAUGACCAACGGAAGAAGGACAUUCUCUGUGACGUGACGCUGAUUGUGGAGAGGAAGGAGUUCCGAGCCCACCGGGCUGUGCUGGCCGCAUGCAGUGAAUACUUCUGGCAAGCACUGGUUGGACAGACAAAAGAUGACUUGGUGGUCAGCUUGCCUGAGGAGGUCACGGCCAGGGGCUUUGGGCCACUGCUACAGUUUGCCUACACUGCCAAGCUGUUACUCAGCAGAGAGAACAUCCGUGAGGUCAUCCGCUGUGCCGAGUUCCUGCGCAUGCACAAUCUGGAGGACUCCUGCUUCAGCUUCCUGCAGACUCAGCUCCUGAACAGGGAGGAUGGCCUGUUUGUGUGCAGAAAGGACAGUGCGUGCCAGCGCCCCCAAGAGGACCAUGGGAACUCUGCCGGAGAAGAGGAGGAAGAAGAAGAGACGAUGGACUCAGAGACAGCUAGGAUGGCUUGCACCACAGACCAGAUGCUCCCAGACCCCAUCAGCUUUGAGGCCACUGCCAUCCCAGUAGCAGAGAAAGAAGAAGCCUUGCUCCCUGAGUCUGAGGUACCCACAGACACCAAGGAAAACUCAGAAAAGGGUGCACUGACACAAUACCCUAGAUAUAAGAAGUACCAGCUUGCAUGUACCAAGAAUGUCUACAGUGCACCCUCACACGGUACCUCGGGGUUUGCAAGCACAUUCAGUGAAGACAGUCCUGGCAAUAGUCUCAAGCCGGGCCUCUCCAUGGGACAGAUCAAAAGUGAGCCACCCAAUGAGGAGACCGAGGAGGAGAGCAUCACACUCUGCCUGUCAGGAGAUGAAACUGACAUCAAAGACAGACCAAGAGAUGUCGAGAUGGACCGAAAACAGCCUAGCCCUGCCCCUACCCCCGGUACCCCUACUGGAGCCACCUGCCUGGACAGAUCCAGGAGUGUGGCCUCGCCUUCCUGUCUGCGGUCUCUAUUCGGUAUAACAAAAGGUGUGGAGUCAACUGGCCUGCCCAGUACAUCUCAGCAACACUUUGUCAGGAGUUCAGCAUGCCCUUUUAACAAGAGCAUCUCUCAGGGUGACCUUAAAACUGAUUACACCCCUUUGGCAGGGAAUUACGGACAGCCCCAUGUGGGCCAGAAGGAUGUAUCCAACUUUGCAAUGGGGUCGCCACUCAGGGGGCCUGGGCCGGAGACUCUCUGUAAACAGGAGGGAGAGCUGGACCGCAGGAGUGUCAUCUUCUCCGCAAGCACGUGUGACCAACCGAACACUCCAGUGCAUUCAUAUUCUGUGGUGAGCAGUUUGGACAAAGACCUUUCGGAGCCGGUGCCAAAAAGUCUAUGGGUGGGAGCUGGCCAGUCCCUCCCCAGCUCCCAGGCCUACACCCACAGCGGACUGGUGGCUGACCACUUGCCAGGAAGGAUACGGCCCAACACCAGCUGCCCGGUGCCAAUCAAAGUCUGUCCUCGCUCACCUCCGCUAGAGACCAGAACCAGGACCUCCAGCUCCUGCUCCUCCUAUUCCUAUGCAGAGGACGGGAGCGGGGGCUCCCCCUGCAGCCUCCCUCUCUGCGAGUUUUCCUCUUCACCCUGUUCCCAGGGAGCCAGAUUCCUUGCCGCGGAACAUCAGGAACCAGGCCUGAUGGGAGAUGGAAUGUACAACCAAGUCCGACCCCAAAUUAAAUGUGAGCAGUCUUACGGAACCAAUUCCAGCGACGAAUCUGGAUCAUUCUCGGAAGCAGACAGUGAGUCGUGUCCUGUGCAGGACAGGGGCCAGGAGGUUAAACUUCCUUUUCCUGUGGAUCAGAUCACAGACCUUCCCAGGAACGACUUCCAGAUGAUGAUUAAAAUGCACAAGCUAACCUCAGAACAGUUGGAGUUCAUUCACGACAUCCGGAGGCGUAGUAAGAACCGCAUUGCAGCCCAGCGCUGUCGAAAAAGGAAACUGGACUGUAUUCAGAAUUUGGAGUGUGAAAUACGAAAACUGGUGUGCGAGAAAGAAAAACUGUUGUCUGAGAGGAAUCAACUGAAAGCAUGCAUGGGGGAGCUACUGGACAACUUCUCCUGCCUCUCACAGGAGGUCUGUCGAGACAUCCAGAGUCCAGAGCAGAUCCAGGCACUGCACCGGUACUGCCCUGUCCUCAUACCCAUGGAUCUUCCCGGAGCCAGUGUUAACCCUCCUCCUUUGGGGGUUGAGCAGAGCCUUGCACCCUCCCAAUGUGCUGUCGGAGGAAGUGUACCCUGCUGCCUGGAGCCAGGGGCAGCUCCCCCUGGGCUCCCCUGGGUGCCCAGCAACACCUCUGAGAAUUGUACCUCUGGGAGGAGGUUGGAAGGCAGUGACCCUGGAACCUUCUCAGAAAGAGGACCUCCUCUGGAAGCCAGGAGCCAGUCAGUGACGGUGGACUUCUGCCAGGAAAUGACUGAGAAGUGUACAACAGACGAACAGCCCAGGAAAGAUUACGCCUAGCCAGCGUGAUCAGCUCCGCCCCCCGGAUCUUCACACCUCUCUCAUCUGGGUGUCCUUCUGCCAGCCAGUGGCGCUGUUCAUCUGUGUCUUGAAGAACCAAGAACGAAUUUGGUGCACACUACAGCAGUCUUAGCAGCAAUACUGUUCUGAAGUAUUCCCUCCUCUCUCGUAAGCAGGAGUGCUAGUUACCUUCAUAAUGGUGCUACCCCUUGCCCUGGCAAGGAAGACAACAGUGCCGACACUGUCUGUCUGUGGGUUAAUUGCAAACUUCACAGGGAUAGACUCCACCUCUAGGACCCAACCACGGAUUUUUUUUCUCAGUGGCCCAUGUCACAAACCCUAUCUCAGGAAUUUCUUCUGAAUGUUCAAUUUUUUUCAUUGAAGACAGCUUCUAUACACAUCAAAGUUUUAUAGCUAUACUGUGUACAUAGUAUAUAUAAUAUAUAUGAGAUAUAUAUCCAUAUGCAAAGGUCCUGCAUGCCUCAAUUUUCUCAUCCUAAAACUGGAAACUUCACUUAUCAUUUACAAACAGGUUCCAACAUUCCUCUUUUUUGUGUCUGAUGCCAGAACUGGUUUUGUAACUGUUAACAUGGUUAACAUGGUUGUUUUUCUUGCUGCACAAUUCAGUUUCAAUCUGUACUUACUUGCAGACAAAAUUCAAUGUUGGAAGUUUCUUCUCAAGGCUCAGUCUCAGACCUUUUACUUUUGUUAGUUUGGUUUCGGCACCGCCGAAUGGUGUCACGUGAGCAUCGUGGGUCUGUUCUUUUCUCCUUGUGUUUCCCCCUUGUCUCUGCGGAUACUGUAUAGCAAUGGUCAACUUUGCCACUUGCACUGAGUUUUGAGUCAAACCUAUUUUCUUAAAUGAAGU